CCCCCCAGAAUUCACAUAUAACAGACUCCACGUCACCGAUCUCCUCAGGGUAUCUGAACUUGAGAGUUUCCUCGGCAACUUUAUAAGGUUCGGAAGGAGGUGUGUGCCCCGCCCCAUCUGACGUCACCAACGUCCCUUAUAAAGCGACAGAUUGCGGCUCGCGCGGCACCAUCUGUCCGAGGACGUGGGAAGACGCGCCUCAGCCAGGUACGCUUUACGGGUCUCUCUUCACAUUACGGAAUUUCCGCACCGACAGUAAGCACCGUCCCAUUUACAAAAGUGUAGUGUUGAGACUUGAGGCGGAUUCUGACAGAAGAGCACGUGUUCAAUCUCCCAGCGGAUUCCAGUUCUGUGUUGCAGGGUACAACAUGACACUACUAUGCAGGUUUUCGUCCAAGGCUCUAGGCAGCCUGAUCAGACAACAGAGGUUGCAGAAACAGAUGUUCCUGUCGGCACGAGUGUGUACAGUCAAGAAUGAAUCCAGACGGAAUCAAAGUACAGAAACUGGAUCUAAAGAAAAAAGCUGGAAAUGGGGGUCGGUCACAGCUGGUGCAUUGUUGGGAUUGGGCUCCUUCCUGAUUUUUGAUAUGCAUCAGAGGCAAAAAGUUGCUCAAGCAGAGUCUAAAAAAGAACCAGUCCCUUCACAUGUUUUUCCUCAAUAUACAAGAGAGGAUGUGAAAAAGCAUACAAAUCCUUCUGACAGAAUAUGGGUUACGUAUGCAGGAGAAGUAUUUGACAUCACAGAUUUCGUGGAUUUGCAUCCUGGAGGAAACAAAAUCUUGUUGGCUGCUGGGGGAGCUUUAGAACCCUUUUGGGCCCUUUAUGGUGUUCACAAGAGUGAGCAUGUCAUGGAGAUUUUGCAAGAGUACAAGGUGGGAGUUCUCAGCCCUGAUGACAAGGAGGAGCCACGUGAUUUAUCUGAUCCCUACUCUGGUGAUCCUUCUCGACAUCCUGUUCUAAAGAUCAAUAGCCAAAAACCUUUUAAUGCUGAGCCUCCACCUGAAAUUCUGACUGAGAACUUUAUCACUCCAAAAGAGUUCUUCUUCAAGAGAAACCAUUUACCAGUGCCAAACAUUAACCCUAAUGAAUUCCAGCUUAUUAUAGAGAGACCACCUGGAGCAAAGCAGGUUAAGCCAUUAAUAUUGUCCCUCAAAGACCUUAAAACAAAGUUUCCGCAUCAUGAAGUUAUUGCCACUUUGCAAUGUGCUGGAAAUAGACGCUCUGAGAUGAAUGCUAUAAAGCAAGUUAAAGGGCUAGAAUGGGGUGCAUCAGCUAUAAGCACAGCACGUUGGACAGGAGUAUGGCUGAGGGAUGUUUUAUUAGAUGCUGGAUAUAAAGAGGAUAUGCCCAAUAUGCAACAUGUCCAUUUUGAAGGCUUGGAUCAAGACAUAACUGGAACAAAAUAUGGAGCGUCCAUCUCCUUUAAGCGUGCAAUGAGUAAGGACCAGGAAGUCCUACUAGCUUUUGAAAUGAAUGGUGAGGACUUGCCUAAAGAUCAUGGCUUUCCUCUGCGGGCUAUAGUGCCAGGUGUGGUAGGUGCCCGGAAUGUAAAGUGGUUAGGACGCAUUGUUGUGUCUAAGGAGGAAAGUUCUAGUCACUGGCAGCAGAAUGAUUACAAGGGCUUCAAUCCGUGUGUAGACUGGGAUACUGUAGACUUUUCUUCCUCUCCAGCCAUACAAGACCUGCCUGUGCAGUCUGCAAUUACAGAACCAAAUCCUGGAGGAACCAUCACCCCAGAUCAUGAUGGAAAAGUCACCAUGAAAGGAUACGCGUGGAGUGGAGGUGGGAGAGAGAUUGUGCGAGUGGAUGUGUCUCUGGACGGAGGAAAGACCUGGAAAGUAGCUGAGCUUACUGGGGAGGAAAAGGAGGGAGUGACAUGGGCAUGGAAACUGUGGAAAUUAGAAGCAGCUAUUCCCGUUGAAGUGAAGGAACUGACAAUCAUCUGUAAAGCUGUAGAUAGCACCUAUAAUGUGCAGCCUGAUACUGUGGCGCCAAUAUGGAAUUUGCGUGGGGUAUUAAAUAAUGCAUGGCACCGUGUAAAAGUCACAGUAGACAGAGAUGAAAACUAACCUCAUAUGGACAAGGAAUUGGCAAAUCUUGUUACAGUAAUGUGUAUAGAAUGUAGAUACACCAAUCAGCUAUAUUAUUAAAACCUCUAAUAUUUAUGUCCUCUGCAUGCCAUCAAAACAGCUCUGACCUGUUAAGGUAUGGACUCCACAAGACCUCAGUUUGUGUCCUGUAAUAUAUAGGACCAAGGUGGUAGCAGAAAGUCAUUUUAAGUGUAAGUUGUGAGGUGGCCCCCUUUUUGUAUCACACCUGUUUUUUCCAGUAUAUUUCACAGAUGCUUAAUCAGGCUGAAAUCUAGGAAAAAUGGAGGUUAGCAUGGGCACCCUGACUGGUCGGCGACUAUGCAGCCUCAUGUAAUACCUUUCUAUAAAAGCCAGCAGUGACCUUUUCCAGAAAUGUGGGCUCUAAAAGUUUUUCUGUGGAUCGCACCAGACAGCCUUAGCACCCAGCAAGCAUUAAUGAGCCUUAGUUGCCCAUUAACUUUUUAGUUACCAAUUUGUCUGUUGUCCAUCAUUGGAGGACUUAUGGUUGGUAUAAACCACUGUAUGCAGGAACACAACAUAAGACAUGCUGCUUUAAUUUAACCCUCUAGACAGUUAGAAGCUCUGUUAGGGUGCAUUCACACUACAUUUCUUUCAUACGGUGACCGGAUCCGGCUGGGAAAUGUAAAAUCUGGGAGCAUUCAUUUGAAUGAGCUGACCGGAGUCAGAUAGUGAGUCCAGUUGGCUCAUUUUUGUCCCGUAUCCGGUUUUGUGGCCGGGCUGAAAACCUUAGCAUACCACCAUUAUCGGUCCGGCCACAAACCGGAUACGGGGCAAAAAUGAGCUGACCAGACUCCCUAUCUGACUCCGGUCGGCUCAUUCAAAUUAAUGAGAUGCGGGCUUGGUCUGGCUGGGAUACGGGAAAGCCCAGUUUUGCCAUUUCCCAGCCCGAUCCGGUCAUCGUAUGAAAGAAACGUGUACUGACCAGUUAUCAUCGCAGCCAAAGACCUUCCGAAGUUCUGUAGCUUCCAUGCCAAAUCUAUUAACUUGGUUACAAUACCAUAGGUAGGCUGUACUAGUAGAUCACCAAUCUAAUAGUUCACUGCAGUACAGAUUUAUUGCAUUAAACUGUAAUAGGAAUCACAUAGUAAGGUUCUCUAGGGAGGGGGAGUAAAAAUAAAGAGAAAAUCUCUCAAUAAAAAAAAGUUUAAUUACUUUUCUCAUUUUCCAAAUACACAUUUAAAUUAAUAAAAUAAAAAAAAUUGUCAUUGACGCAUGCUGAAAUGUCACACCAUUAAAUCUUAUAGAUCCUGUACUGUGAAACCUUAAAUAAAUAAAAAAAGCAAUGCCAGAAUAGCUUUUUCACAUAUACCUCAAAAUGGUACAGAUAAAAACAGAUCAUGGCAUGUGUCCUCAGGCAUCCUGUAGAUAAAAAAAGAUAGAAAUUAGAAUAUGGAUAUGCAAAGCACUUAUUUUCUAAAAAAAAAAAAUCAUAAAAACCAUAUUAAUUUGGGAUCUAUGUUAUUCUGUUAACCUGUCAGUAGGUUUAAUGUUAUGGCUGAAUGGUGUAAGUGUUAAUUAUUGCUCUAAAUGAUUGUUUUUCAGAUUUCCUGAUUCUGCAUCUAAACUUAGGCUAGUAUUUUUACUUAAACUGAAUGUCAUUUCAGUAAUAUAUUAAUGGUAGAAUCCUUCUCAUUAGAGUUGGUUCUAUUGGGUGCAAAUAAAGAAAUCUUGUCUGCAACUAAUGAGCAUAUAAUAUAGUUAAAUUAUGUGCAUUUAUUAUUUUGUAUUGUGUACAUUAACUACUUUAAGAGGUUAUGAAGUGCCUACAUCCCUCAGGAAGUAAAAUCCAUAAGACGUAGAAUUCUUUUAGGAAGAAUGUUAUUGAGUAGUAAACAGAACUUCAGGUAUUUGUUGACACUUUCCUAGUGAAUACUUGGUCUUUUUUUUUUCUGUACUCAUAACUAGAGAUGAGCGAACUUACAGUAAAUUCGAUUCGUCACGAACUUCUUGGCUCGGCAGUUGAUGACUUUU